AUGAUGCAUCCAUUCUUUUCAGCUGCUAGAAACUCAACAAGGGUAGCAUCGAUGAGAUCGAUGUUUACCCGGAAUUUCGUUUCCAAAACCCAAUUUGUCAACACUAGAGUUAUGUCCAAUGGGUCCAUGAUGCCUAAGAUGAAGUUGCUUGUGGGGUCAGUAGGAACGUUUUACUUGGUCAAUAAGCUUCAAUCUAAAUCGACUAUCUUUAAUGAUGCUGCGUUUGCUGGAAAUCGGGGGUUUUCCACCCAGCAACCUGUUGUGCCAGAACAAAAAGUGAUUAGUUCGAGGUUUGGGGGAAAGUUGGAUUACCAGGAAUUGACCAUUGGUUCGAUCACAGGAUUGUUCUUGGGAAUACUUGCUGGAAAAUUGAGUUCUGCAAUUGUAUUUUUGACGUUAUCAGGCUAUCUUUUGACCCAAUUUUUGGAAAACAAGGGCAUUAUUAGUAUUCCAUGGAGACAAUUCGUCAAUAUCGGAUCUGAAAGAAUUGACGUAAAGAGGUUGGUGUUGAACCAGCCUAGCUUCAAAAUAUCGUUUGUAUUGACAUUUUUGAUUGCUGCUUUCAAUGUAUAG